GUUAACCUUGUAGACUUCACGUAUUUGCUCUGCAGUAAGGCAGUACCUUGUUAUUUUGGGUGAAGCACAAAUGUGCUCUGCCCAGAAGAUCUUAAACAAAAGAUGGGUGUGAAUGACAGAUCAAGAGACUUUCAGUUUGUAGAGACAGCUCUGAACAGAGUAAUAACCAUGAUUCACAAAACCUGUCACCCAGCUAUUGUCAUUUGCUUUCCAGACACUGCCUCRUCUUGGUGUUUAAGAUUACAAGGACUGUAAGGCUGACUUUGUUUCUUCUUACAGGAGCAGAAAAGGUGUACAACUAAGCCUGCUAUACCAUAUUUCCAUUACCAGUUCCUGCUGGAGAGGCAUGGGUCUAUCUGGUCAUGGUCUUUAAGUGAUGAUUCAACAUUGUAGCAGURGAGCAGACUAAGAUUUAAGAUUUUUGAACUAAGAAGCUUGAUUCGGACUCCUCAGAAAGUUUAACGCCCAAGACGAUUUGUUAUCUGAGCUGGAAAAAAGUGCUGGAACAGGAACCCGCUGCUCUUCUGAACUCACCAACCACCUCCUUACUGCUGAUUUUGCAAGGUUUAAGGUGUACUUGCUGCACAUCCACGUGGAAGCAGAAUUUGAACUCCUUUGGGCUGUACAUCUCUCACAGAUUUAUUAGGACAAUCAUUUAAUUGUCUCAUUCUUCAGUGAUCUUAUUAACUUUCAAGUUUUGGUGUCUGUUCAGCUGUGCACAAAGAGCUGUUCUCAGAACUGUUUUCCCGAUUAAAGAUUAACAGUGYGAUAAAGGAAGGAAACAUGGGCAUCCUUGGAGUUUGUUUCUUACAUCAGCUGGGUUAAACCUUUACUAUCUUUUCUCACUGUGUAUCUUCUCUCUCUGUGUUUGGCAAUCAAAUUCUGCAUAGCUCCAGCACGUUUCCCCCAGUUUAGUCAAAACAAGAGGAAAUCGUUCUGCCUUUUCAACUUUUAGCUCUUCGACCCUUGCACAAACAGCAACAGAAACCGGUUUUUGGUGGUCUCUGAAGAAAUGCUUCAUAUUUGUGAAAGUGGGACACCAAAGGAGCAAGRAGCACCAGAAAAUACAGCAAAGAAAUUCCAACCAUUUAGUGACAGCUUCAAGACCUGAGCAACAUUUGAAGGAGCCAGAUGAAUUAGAAGGCUGUAAAUGUAUACUCACUUCCUCUGAAGCAGGUGAUGGUGUGAAGGAGGUUAUCUGGUGCUGUCAUUAUUAAGAGGGGCAAUAUCUCACUGCAAAAGAGGUGCUGAAGAGUUAUCUGUUCUGGGCCUAAUUCCAAGCCCAGUUAAACUGAUGGCAAUCCUUCCAUUGGCAUCGGAGUACUGCAGUUUAGAACCUGUGAUGGAGGUGCAAAGCAUCACCWUAGAGGCUGGAUAAACAGCCUCUGCAGUUGUCCAAAGACAGCCAAGGCCGCCACGAAAAGGGUGAUGUGGCCAGGCUGACCCGAACGGAGCAGAGGAGCAGAGCUGGUGGUGACCACGGUGCCGACGGGACACGCGUCCCCCAUUGUGGGGUGACAAACACCGACCCCACACUCGGUGUUUGGAGGGGACCAAGACUGGAGGAGCCGGCAGAGCACCACCAGGCCGUGGUGUGCUACGGGCCCCCGCCAUGGCUCUGACCCUGCGCGAGGGUGUCUGCCUCUUCUAUGACCUGGAGCUGGCGCAGAUCCAUGUUUUGCAAGAAGAAGGGCAAGAAAAGAGUGCGGAAAGCAAGGCAACAGAGAAACUGCCAGACACGCUCCUGAUGGAGAUUGACAGAGAUAAUGGUGCCAUUGCAUUUGAAAACAACAUCCAGCAACUGAGCCCAUCUGAAGAGGAGGAAGGAAAGGAAGUUUUUUCCACUGUUGGGGAAACAAAGAGUCAGAGCUGCAAAGAGGGUGUGGAUUUGUCAGAGCUGUUCAGUGAAAGUAAAGAGCAGGAAUAUCCAACUGCAUCAGAACAAACAGUUGUAAGAAAUCUCAAGAAUCUAAAAUUUGAGGCCUGUGCUCCACAACAAAAAAAAGGAGGAAAAGAACGUUUCAGCUGUUUCUUCUGCACAUUCACCUCAGUCAAAUUAUCAAGUCUUAGGCRUCAUUUGAAAACCCAUUCUGAUGAGAAACAUCACGUGUGUCACCUCUGCCCUAAGGCCUUCCGUACAGCAACUCUGCUGCACAACCACGUGAACACACAUACAGGGAACAAACCCCAUAAAUGCAGUGAGUGUGACACAGCCUUUGUGACCCGRGGGGAGCUUGCACGACACAGGAGGUACAAACACACUUUAGAGAAGCCUUUCAAGUGCACAGUAUGUGAAUACUCCAGUGUCGARGCCAGCAAAAUGAGGCGACACGUCCGCUCACACACGGGAGAGCGGCCCUACCCCUGCGACCUGUGCAGCUAUGCAAGCAAAGAUGCCUAUAAACUGAAAAGGCACAAGUUAACCCACACAGGUGAAAAACGCUAUGAAUGUUACGUUUGCCAAACCAGAUUCACUCAAAGUGGUACCAUGAAAAUCCAUAUGUUACAGAAACAUGGAGAAAAUGUGCCAAAAUACCAGUGUCCUCAUUGYAGUACCUUUCUGUCCCGAAAAAGUGAUCUGGGUGUYCACUUGAGGAAUCUUCACUCCUACAUGGAAGAGGCAGUGAAGUGCCGGGACUGUGAAGCAGCUUUUCACGAGCACUACGCUUUCCUUCAGCACAGGAAGACUCACAGAAAUGAGAAAAGAUUCAAAUGUGCUCAGUGCACCUGCUCGUGUAACCAGAGUAAUAUGUGUAAGCAUGCUGCGAGCUGUGGAUUGGUGAGGGCAAAAACUGCUACACCCAGAAAAGGAAGCAAAGGCAAAAAUAAAAUCCAUGAGAACCUGAAGCGUGUUAAGCCAGAAGUUGCCCUGAAAUCAUUCCAAGAUGUCUCUAUUGUGAAAAACAAACCUUGUUCCAGUGAGAUUGUUCCUGUUUUAGAUGGGAUCRAAACAGCAACUCCGAGGGAACACAAAUCAGAAUCAACUCAUGAAAUGGAUCCUCAGCAUGAUGGACAAAUAAUGCAMAAACAGACUGGUCAUCCCUGUUCUCUGUAGUUGUUGCUGAGCAGUUCAAAGUGUGGAACCACCCCCAGUUAGAAAGGUAGAAAAGAUGCUGGUUGGAAGCUGUUGAAGCCCUUCAGUGCUCGUGUUUCUUCUUGCUGCAGUUUCUAUCAUGAACUUAAACACUACUGCAAAGUGUGAAAGUUAGAGGGAACCUUCACCUGGUUUAUUAUGCACGUGUAAUAACACAAUGGGAAAAAUGGCUAAUUUCAGAGUCAUUUGUUAAAGAAUGGAUGGGUUGUUUCACCUUGCAUUGUUUUUUUUUCCAGCUUUACUCACAGAAUUACAGACUGACUUGGAGCCAGUUUAUCCCUCAGUGGCUAUCACUGAGAGCUGCCUGAAUGUCAGUGUUUAUACUUUGCUGAGGUGARCACAUGAAAGGCAAUGAUUUUUCACUACAAGGAACAUUUACCAAAUCUCCUUUCUGCAAACACUUAUUUUCUAAUUCAUGAUGCAAUAGAAUGCACAAUUUUGUGAUAAAGCACCGUUUUUUAUGCCUCAUACCACUGGUAAUUAGAAUCUGAUCUUUUGUCUGAGUUUUUAUCACUCAGUUAGCUGGGCAGGCAGAGCUGCAUGACAAAAAUGAAGCAGGAACAGGGUGUCAGAAAAGUGGGGAGGACCCCCACAUUCUGAGAAUGCAGAACCAUGUGUGACUCUAAGCAGACUCUUUUUUGAAAGCAGGUGGGAUCUGUUUUCUCUACCYCUCCUUUUCCUUUAAAUAGCCUUGCAAAUGUUCCCAUGAAAGAUUGUGAUCCUCCAUUUAACUCCAGAUCCGAAACACACACCCACGACUUUGAUUUUAAUUAGCUCUUCAAUAAAGCACAAUUGUAUUAUUUAGGAAAGUCCAUGUUGAUAGUAUACAUAAGAAUCAGAAAAAAAUUUAACUGUCAAAUAYAAUUCUCUAACUUUCCUUAGGUUAUAAGGAAACUACCGGGCUUAACUCUUUAGUAAUUGCUAGAGUCAUUACAGUAAGCACUAUUAAUUUUUAUGAUUUUUUUUACAAUGAUCACAAUUGUCAUUUAUGCACUGUUCACACUUGGUUUUUUGUCAUUUAUAAUUAAUAGUUGGAAACCUGCUCAUAAAAUCUUAAAUACUUUUAAAAUAUUCAUCUUUAAUGCUCCUAUUCUUAUGUUACAUUUCAUUAUAAAUAAGCACCAGCAUAACUAAAAAAUAUCAUAACAAUAAUUAUAUUGGGUCGUGUAACAAGUAAAUUUAAUUGAAAUGGCAAACCCUCAUCCCAGUUUCAAGAUUAACAUCUGUGUUUAGCUUCAUUAUGGUGUAGAAUUUGACUGGUGUUAAAUGGUUUGGGUUUGCACAUUGGGCAAGCUGUGGUUGCUGGUUCUGCUGAUGUGGUCAGGGRCAGAGAAUUCCUGUGCUGUGCACUCCAGGUGAGCUGCAGGCUGACAGCAGCUGCAACUUUAUACUUUUUUUACUUUGAAUAGCCUGUUAAAAAUGAAACUUUAAUUUUUGCUAGUUAAUUUAUUAAAAUACCAGCUCUCUCCUAUACAUGGUAAUGUGUCUACCUGCUUGUUCUGGGAUAACUUCUUGAAUUCAGCAGCUGUUCUGUGACCCAAACCAGUGCCAGGAGCUUUCACUGCCACGCAGUGUCCCCACUAUCUGUGCUCACAGUGAGCAGAUAAAGAAGGAUGUUGGUAUUAGCAAGAGGUAAUUAUUGUCUUACAGCAAAUAAUCCCAUUAUUGAGACCACACCAAAGGCCUCAUCAAGACCUUCAUCAGUCAGCUCAGUGAAAUACGUGAACAGGAAUUACCACUUUGAUAACAGAAACCUUCACUUUCAUAGCAAACCCGGAGAAAUUUGAGGGCUUGAAUAAAAAUCCUAAUUGUUUUUGUCUUUCCAAAGUGUUCCCUAAUAUACAGGUUCACAUUUAUUGAUUUGUCUGUUUUUGUAUUGGUAAAAUUUUAGUAAGUUCAUUUGCUCUUACCUAGGAUAGGACUUAAGAAUACUUUUGUUCGUGAUAAUUGCUUACAUAAUAUUGUUAACUUUCUUCUUGUUGUGCUGUUUCCAUUUGUGUUAUAAAUUCUAAGCAGCAGAUUUCUUUGUUAAAAUUAAUUUUAGAAGUUGUUUAAAUUCCUUGAUCAAUUUGCUGAAUAUAUAUUGUUCAUUUGAAUUGUUAAUAACAAAGCUGACUCAUUUUGUGCUGACAUCUAAAAAUCAGACUACAGAAAGUGGAAUGUGAAUGUAGUAAUAAAAGAUAUUUUUAUCUCUUGAACUUUCAAAAUYAUUAUUUCAGUAGUUAGAAACUAAAAUGUGUCAUUUUGGAAAUCAAGAAAGAAUGCUUUGACCUCCUCAGGAGCCAUUCCUAGUGGCCUCAUGCUUUUUAACAGCCGUGAUUGUUCUUCAUGAUUAGGAAUUUGCAUAACUAUGCAAAUGCAAAUAUUUGCAUCACUAUUCUGAUUUCUACUUUACAAAUAUAAUUUAAUUUCAUUGUAUUACUCACAUAUUUUAGACCAGUAGGUACAUAUUAAUAUCUUUUAAAGUGAUACAUAUUCUGAACAGAUGACAAAUUUAAAAUAUUUUAAUUUACUAAUUGUGGAGGAGUUAAAUACAGAGGAAUUAUUCAUGUGUGAAACAGAUAGUACUGAAGUGUUCUAGGGUAUUAUGUAACAGUGUUCUGAGAUAAUUCAGUUAUUUGGGAAAAAAGAGGAAACUUGCAUUUCGAGCUUCCUCUGCAAGCUGGAAUUGUCUAUGCUUUAAAUAGUUAAUGUGUGAGGAAAUUUAGUUUUGCACAGACCCAGCAGAUGAAAAAUAGAGAAAGAGUAAAAACAGGCCUUUGGAUACAUUUUUUUACUAUUUAGGCUCUGAUAUAAAACAGUGUUGACGCAGCAGUGGCUUCAAUGAUGUUAAAUGUGGCGUGUGGCAUUGCAGAAGUGAUGUGUCGAUUAGAAUGAAUUACAUCCUGAAAUUUGGAAGAAUUAAUCUCAGAAGGAUCCUAGACUCUGCCAAGGGAAUGAGAAGCAGGAGCCGAGGCUGGAAGUUGGCUCUGGUGUCCCGCAGGUGGCAGCGCGGGGCCRCCGCCGUGGGAGCGCACCGAAAGCUGCUCAGAGAUUCUGGAAUUGCUGCCUCAGUUUCCCUCAGCGCGUCCAUCCACACUUUGGCCAUGUCCAGGCGAUAUAAA